CAGCCGCCAUAUGAUAACUACUACAAUAUUUCUAAGGCUGUUUAUCCGUCUGUGGAUGUGCCGUCUUUGCUGAUCAAGAUCACCGUUACCUUCCUACAUGGCAGCGACAAUCUCACUCAUUUAGCCGGAUCGUCCGAAUCUCCCAUCAAUGGUAGUACUUCCAAUAUCUCACAGACAGGGGAAAAUGUGCGCAAAACUACAGAAACGAAGAUCACGACAUACAAGUUCACGUGGAGUGCAUCCUGUUUGUAUGUUAGUGGAGGAAGCAUAAGCUUGGCUUCCAUGAAUGCGUUUUCUUUGUGGGCUAUUUAUCCAAACAGGCGAGAAAGACAGCUACACUUAACAUUGCCACAGUUCUGCAGGGGAUUUUCUGCUGACACCAUGAUCUACUUCCUUUCUACGGUAGGACUUUUAGCCAUUUCAUUAUUAUUGUUAACUUAUCAUCAUCAUCAUCAUCAUCAUCAUCAUUCUCAUCCUCAUCCUCAUCCUCAUCAUCAUCAUCAUCAUCAUCAUCAUCAUCAAGGGCGGGAGGAACAUACUGAGGUGCAAUCAAGGAAGUAGUGAUUCCCCCUUUUGUUUUAACUGAUUUUCUUCUGCAUUUCCCUGAAGUGUUCUCCUGGAGAUGGUGAUAAGAUAUCUUUCCCCUCACCUGACCCCUGUCUAGCUAACUUGCCUUCUCAAAAAGAGCUGAUACAGAUAUAGCUUACACUUCCAAAUUUUUCAGUUCAUAAUUAACAAUUAUUGGAGGAGGUUGAACAAAAUAUCGUUAUUUGUCAGUGGUGAACAGAUGAAUAGACCAUUUUACAUUUACGAGCUUAGUGCCCUAGCCUCUGAGUAACUGUGAGGCUGAGGUUGACCUUUGUUUUGAUACAAACCUCUUUUCUUUUGUUAUGAAAAUUAUGCUAAAAAUACUAGUUAGCAAAAGAACAACUUAGAUUAACAUAAUAAAGGAGGAAGGGUUGUAUCAAAACAAGGUCAACUCCAGCCUCGUUUCCACCUGUAUUGUAACUGUAAAAUGGACUGUUAUUUGCCGAAAACCAAAGGCUGAGGCAAAUAAUUGAUCUGUGAGACACUGACAAAUCAUGAUAUUUUUCGAUAACCAAGUUCAAUAAUAUUGUUUUAUCAUUCAGUGACCAAGUUUGUUUUUUGAUAAAUAUCUUCAGGAAGCUGCCAUUUUCACGAAAGAGCGAUCGCAAAAAGGAGAAAAGGGUGGUUUCUUUCAUGCAUAAGCAGAAUAUUAUGUGCAGCCAAACACAGUAGGAUGACAUAAUUGCACAUGAGCAGACCUUUAUUUGUAGUCAGUUAUUCGCAGGUCACGUGGUGGGCUCUCGGCCAAUGAAAAGGGAGAAAAUUUGCUUUGAAUGAUAAUGUAAAAUAUUGUGCAUUUUCAAAUCAUAAAUUUGUCUCAGUAAAUGCCUUUAAAAAACAAAAAGGUUACUAAAAUAUAAGUGGCACUGGUGUUCUUUGUCUGGGAACAUAGAAUAUUGAGCCUCUCUAUGUGUACCAAUGGAUGUCGUUUUCAUUGCACGGCCAAUCACAAGCAGUUUUCCCAGAUCUGGGUUAUGACAUGUCAUCAGUAAGAAAUUUCUGUUGUUGUUCCUCAGACGUCAUUUCACAAGGAAACUAGUGGUGGGGUCACGUUUACAGCAAACAGCAAACGUAAAUUUGUAUCACAAUGACCUGCUUUACAUGCUUGCUGUUCAUUAUUUCUACCCCACAAUUAGUAGCUUCAUGUUAGUCUUGUUUAUAAUAAUUGUUUUUGGCUGUUUUGAGCUUGUCAUUUUCUGUUUCGUGAAAUUCUCAACUUGAAUCUGAUGUUUGCUGUUUGCCAGAAACAUCACUCAAUCUGUCUAAAUAAUAUCAUUAUGAAAUUCCUUAUUUUUUUAGAAAAAAAAAGGAUAUUGGGGAUAAUAAUAAUAAUAAUAAUAAAUACAUUCUUAUAUGGCGUAUUUACAAAGCUCAAUCUAGUAGGAAAACUGUGGAGGUCAUUGUUUAUUUUUCUCCAUAACAUAUGAUUUUAUGAGCAGACAUUAUCAUGGGCUUUUCCAGUCCCUGCAUUGGCACUCCUGGUGGUUUUGGGCAGGGCGGUGACAUGGGUGGCAGCAGUGCCAAUAUCAGUAGCAGGAUUCUCAUUCCCAGGAUUCUCUUCUAUAGUCUAUAG